GAAAAUUUGGGCUUGUAUUUAUUAUAGUGACAGAACACACAAGAGAGUGUGGGCCUGUAUUUAUUAUAGUGACAGAACACACAAGGGAGUUUGAACCUGUAUUUAUUAUAGUGACAGAACACACAAGAGAGUGUGGGCUUGUAUUUAUUAGAGUGACAGAACACCCCCCCACCCCCACCCCCACAAGUGCUUUAUUAAAAGGUUUAGCACAGUCCACAGGGUAGCACCACAACGAUCUCCUCGGGCCCUCUGCUGAUGUAACACUUCUAACAGAGGCUGGGGCGGAGCCCGUCAAGUACAGAUCACCUACUGCGACAAACUAAACAUCUCCAGUGCCUGAACCGGUUCACCUUCCCUGUGAGUGGAAUGAAGAGAGAGAGAGACGUAUUUUACGCUUGUUAAACAGUGGAAAGGUUCUUGUUUUUCACAUUGUAUCAAUGAAGCUGUAUAACAGAGCUCCCAUGUUGGCACUCAGUUGUUGAUACAAUGUGAGAUGCUGUUUCUCUCCAUUCCUGAAGAAUUUUGAGAGCUGAACGGAAGCACACAGACAGAGACAAGGUGAAAGUGAAGGCAGAGAGGAAGUGAGGCGUACAAAGACUGCAGAAGGCUGCGAGACAGGAAGUAAAUGAGAUGGAGAAUCAACAGGCAGACCCAGCAUGUCAUUAUGAUGAAGGAAUUCAAGUGAAAAUGCCACUGGAAGAGCAAACCUGUCUUCUUGUAGAGCUACAAGUGAAAAGUUCCCAAACAACACCUGCUUUGAAAAGCUCUGCUUUACCCGAGGUCUGCAAUGAGCUCCCUGUUCAUCGUAACACACAAGGAGCAAAAACGAAUAGAGACAGACCUGACCCUAAAGCUCACACAGCUCCGAUAGACCGCUCCACUACAGAAAAGGAGAAGACAUCGAGGCGCAAAAGUGUCAAGGAAGAGGAAGAGGAGAAACAGAAAAGACAGGUGUGGUCUCGGAGACGUACACCCGCCGAACGAGAAGAGAACAAGACUCAGCCGGGGGUGACAACGCCUCCGAGACACAAGGAAGGGAAGAACGCAAGCAUCCCUUCCAGUCUCACACCCAUCAAAGAGGAGUGGACCCCAGAUUCCUUCCUCCUGCUGAUGAAAAUCUUACAGAUCGACAUCCCUGAAGGUGUAAUCACCCACGAAGCAAUUCGGCUUUCUCAGACAGGAGUCGUUCACGACGUUGCUGAGAAAAUCAUCGGUCUCUUGAUAAAUUUCGAGAUUGAGUUUCAGAAGCGUCCCAGGUUGUCUGCCAGGGAGGUGAAACAAGGUUUAAAGUUGAUGGAAAACAGUGAAUUGCUUGAACUAACGAAGCUGCUCUUUUUCAAAACGGCUUCAGACAAAAGCCGCCUCCGGGGCCAAUGGCAGAAGAACACUUCCAACACAGGCCGCGGAUUCAUUCUGAGCCCUGCGUUUAGGUCCACGCCGGUCUCGACGGCGGUCAUGCACACCGGCCCGGUGACCAGGUCCUGGAGCAGGCUGACGGUCGGGGAAGACUUGCCUACGAUAACCCCGGGAACCCGUAAAACCCUUGGGGUCAUCUCGGACCACCGGUACGUCGAUGAACAGUCUUUGUGGACCGGUACUCCAUCCAAGAAAGGGUUUGGUAUGUUUGCAACAAACAAGUACGACGAGUUGGAGUGCCUCAAAUGGUUUCACGAAACAGCGAAGGAGAAGAAAGCGUUUGGCGGAGGGGCCGCAGGCUACACUUGUGGGAACCGCGUCCAAUAUGGGUUUCUCACUGGGAACGUGGAUGUGUUUGCAGAUUUCAAUCAGGACAGACCUCGAGAAACUCAGUGCGACAAGCUGCUGAUCGAGUGCAAAGGGACCACGGGAGACAUGGUCGGGAAUUUCUUCACCAAAACCAAACAGAUUAAAGACGGAUUCCCUUAUGCCGAGGUGAAAACAAACCACAAGUACAUCUUUCAGGUGCAAACCUACAUGUACGUUUUCAAUGCUAGAGCAACAAAUACAAACUCCUCUCCCAUGAAGAAAGCUGCGAUGGUCCUGAGACAUUACCACCCUGGCGGACGGCCCCAGCAAGACUUUUGGCUAAGUCUCAUCGACAUCGACACAAAAGCACAGCGAGACAUUGACAAGCUACGACUGUUUUUGCAAAGAAAUGUUUUGGGCUGUUAUAUAGCAGUGUUGCAACAGUUAUUUGUGAAAGAGAGCUGAUAGAGACCCGCUGCUCCAGAGCUGAUAGAGACUCCUGCUCCAGCGCUGAUAGAGACUCCUGCUCCAGCA